GAUCCAAAAGCGUUCACACCGCGCUCGACGAGAACUCGCGCAAGAAGCGCGUGCUACCGCCGAUAGCUCUCGUACUAAAGAAAACUAAAGGCUUGACACGCUCAAUACCGAUCUUUCACAUUUUCAGCAAAAUUUGAGCAUUCCCAAUAUGGACCUGACUCCGGAAGAGAUCGCGGACAUCAAGGGAGCGUUUCUGCUGUUUGACCGCAACGGCGACGGAACUAUCUCCACAACCGAGCUAGAGAUGGUCCUCCGCGCCAUGGGCGAACGGCCCAGUCCUUCCCAGCUGGCCCGUAUAGUGCGGCAAAUUGACAGCGACCGCAAUGGAAGCAUCGACUUCCAAGAGUUUCUCUUCUUCAUGGCUGGCAGGAUUUCCCACAAAGGCCUCUCCAAAAGCGCAGUCCUCAAGGCCUUCCAACUCUUCGACCGCGAUGGCAAUGGAUACAUCACCAAGGAGGAACUCGUCCACAUUUUCACGCACGUUGGGCAGAGCAUGAGCCAAGAAGAUGCCGAAAAGAUAAUCCGCGAAGUGGAUGUGGACAAGGACGGAAAGAUCCAUUACACUGAAUUGGUCAACAAGGUGCUACCCACCAAGAAGCAAAAAGAAGAAACCAAAACCUAGAAGGUCGUCGCUUGGCACGGUCUUUAUUAUUAAACAAGUGCUUUAUCGCU